AGUAGAGAGCGUUAACAGGGGACAUAGAGUGAGAUGAGAUGCACCCCUUUGACCAAACAGACACAACCGAAGUUGAGAGAGGACACCAGAAGCGAGUGACAUUUAUUUAAGUUACCUGAAAACGUUAUUGAUGUGGAAGUAUGUGUUAGUGGGUGUGUCUAGCCUGGCUAAAUUCAGUUCAUUCUCGGAGAUGCUGAUGGGGCUAUGGAUUCUUGGGAUUUCUGAAAAUCACUUGUUUGUUCUCGGUUUUGUGACACUCACAUCCGCGGAACCAAGCAACUCACUAGUCUAGUAGCCUAGUUAUUCAGAGCGCAGAACGGAUUCAUGUAGCUUCCGAGAAAAUCUCUCCUGCACACCUGAGACAAUUGGACAUAACUGUUCUGCACUGCAUACAGCUGGACAUAACUGUGCUUACAGUAUACGACGGAAUUUUCUGUCGUUUAGCACGAUUGUCUUCAACCGUGCGCUCGUUCUAUGGGUCACGUAUUCACGCAUAGCUAAUUCUCGACUCCUACCUGUCUCCACUAGAGUAUUGAUCCUGCAACUAUAUAUCGAAAAGUCGAGCAUCAUUAACCACAUCAAACAACACACAUCAAGAAACAUGGACAGUCCCGGUGGAAGUGUUAUUCUGUAUGCGCGCAGCUCAGGCAGCGGCAGCCCUAGCCCUGGCAGCCCGUCCAGUGGGUACCAGUCCCCCUCCUCCACCCACUCUCAGCCCUCCUCCCCAGAGGAGGUCACCUUCACAGAACUCGGGCCCCUGGGGUCCCUGAAGGGCCAGAGAGGGGGAGGAUGCACACCUCCAUCCUCCAAGCUGGUGUUCCACUUCCCAGAAGUCUACAAUGUGGCUACAUCAACAUCCACCCACCAGCACACGUACCAACACCCCAUCGCUGGGAAAAGGCCUUGCGGAUUCACAGGACCUUUCACCAAGACUGGUGGGAUGGUGCUCCUGUGUAAAGUGUGUGGAGACAUUGCAUCUGGGUUCCACUACGGAGUGCACGCCUGUGAGGGUUGCAAGGGCUUCUUCCGUCGCAGCAUUCAGCAAAACAUCAACUACAAGAUGUGUGUGAAGAACGAGAACUGCCUCAUUAUGAGAAUGAACCGCAACCGCUGCCAACACUGUCGCUUCAAGAAAUGCCUCUCCGUCGGCAUGUCCAGAGAUGCUGUGCGUUUUGGCCGUAUCCCUAAGAGGGAGAAGCAGAGGCUUCUGGAAGAGAUGCAAAGCUACAUGAACAGCCUGAAUGAGUCUGCCACCAUGGACAUAGAAUCCUCCCCCAUCUCCGAAGCCCCUCCCAGCCCAGCAGAGGUUCCUUCUAAAGAGGCCAUCAGAGCCAUCUCUCGGGCCUAUCAGGACAUCUUCGCCAGCAGCCAAGACAAGGCAGCCAACAGGGGAAUCAACAUCAACAACCUACAGACAACAUGUCCGUUCAAGAGCAACACAUCUCAGGAGAUCAGCUACACCAAUGGCUCCUCCCACACCGGCUCUGACUCCACCCAGGGGUACCAGUCCUGUCCUGCAGGCCUUGGCCCUCGCUGCCCAGACACCAAUGACAACCACCAUACAUUCCCCUCUGUGGACAAAAGUCGCUAUAGUUGCCCUGCUGCUUCAUCCAAUCAUGACCAUGGACAGUCUAAUGUGGGCACGCCUCAACGGGGCAGCUCGGCCAAUCACAACAGUUUCUCCAUGAAGGUAGAGACUCAAGAGCCCCAAACUCAGACGUCCUGUCCAUGGAAUUUAGCUGCUGGAGCCAAAGUGCUGGCCUGUCCUCUGAAUGCGUGUCCUGUCUCUGCGGCCAGUCGUUCUGGACAGCAGAUAUGGGAGUCUUUCUCCCAGUGUUUCACCCCGGCAGUGAGGGAAGUGGUGGAGUUCGCUAAGGGUAUCCCUGGCUUCCAGGAGCUCAGCCAGCACGACCAGGUCAUGCUGCUCAAAUCAGGCACCUUCCAGGUCUUGAUGGUGAGGUUCUGCACAAUGUUCAACCCUGAGGAGCGGACGGUGACCUUCCUGAAUGGCCAGACAUACCCUCUGUCCACCCUGCGGGCGCUGGGGAUGGGGGCGCUGCUCGACGCCAUCUUUGACUUCAGUGAGAAGCUGGGAACUCUGAGGCUGGAGCCUGAUGAGAUGGCUCUGUUCAUGGCCGUGGUGCUGAUCUCUGCAGACCGUUCUGGCAUCGCUGAUAUGGGGGCAGUAGAACAGCUCCAGGAGGGGUUAAUCCGUGCCCUGCGUUCCCUCAUCCACUGCCGUCAUCCCGAAGAGAGCGCAUCCAUCUUCCCCAAGCUGCUUCUGCACCUGCCCGACCUGCGCACCCUCAACAACCUGCACUCCGACAAGCUGCUGGCCUUCCGGAUUGACCCAUGAACAGCCCUGAACACACUCACACAUAGCAAUUCAGAACUCGCCCAUCACCACUCUCUCAGGGCAGGACUUCCAAGGAGAUUGAGGAACACUGACUUGAGCAAUCAAUCAACAACAAAAACACGUUCAAGAUGCAUGUUUGAAAAAGGACAAUAAUGAAUACAUUGAUCUUCAUCACUGUUUUAGGCUUACCGUUACCCUUUUGGACAGAUCAGAUGUGUAUGGCUGUUUUCCAGUCUUUAGGAGAACAAAAGCAAGUUCACUUACUUGUUUAACUUAUUCCUAAUCUCCUGACCGUCGCCAAACCACAGUUGAGAGAGAAUCAGUGAGAAAGAUGUUUGUGGACAAUGAUAAGUUACGGAUCCCUAACAUUAUUGGUGACUGAAUGUGUGGGAGUUUAGUGUUUGUAUAAGAGAAAGGAACCCUGUGUAUUAUAAUAAUAAUAAUAAUAAUAAUAAUACAUAAAAUGUACACUUAAGAUCAUAUGACUCCCAUUUCACUUAUAAACACAUCUGGGGUUUAAAUAUGCAAUUAAGUCUCAAAUAUAUUCAACAGACUAAUUGCAUAUAGAAAAGCGAUAUUCUGUAUAUUAUUAAGUCUACAUCAGGAAUCACGUAAGGUUUAAUGGAACCAGAACUUUGUCUCCAAGCAUGUUGGGUUUUGUACUCCGUUUGUACAAAACCCAGUGUAGCUCAGUUGGUAGAGCAUGGCGUUUGCAACGCCAGGGUUGUGGGUUCGUUUC